AGCUUAGCCCGCGGGAGCCCGCCGGGCUCGCAGCCCGUUCCCGCCCGCAGGCGGGCGCAUGUGCAGGAGCAGCUUCCCCCAGCCCGCCCCGGUCCCGGCGGGUUCCGCUGCGGCCGCCAUGGCGCGAGGAGACGCCCCGCGGGACAGCUACCACCUGGUCGGGAUCAGCUUCUUUAUCCUGGGGCUGGGCACCCUCCUUCCCUGGAACUUCUUCAUCACCGCCAUCCCGUACUUCCAGGGGCGGCUGGCGGGGGCCAACGGCACAGCCGGGGCCCUGAGCACCAACCACACGGGCCCCACAGACGCCUUCAACUUCAACAACUGGGUGACACUGCUGUCACAGCUGCCUCUGCUGCUCUUCACCCUCCUCAACUCCUUCCUGUACCAGUGCAUCCCGGAGGCCGUUAGGAUCCUGGGCAGCCUGCUGGCCAUGCUGCUGCUCUUCGCUCUCACGGCCGCGCUGGUCAAGGUGGACGUGAGCCCUGGGCCCUUCUUCUCCAUCACCAUGGCCUCCGUCUGGUUCAUCAACUCUUUCUGCGCAGUUCUGCAGGGCAGCCUCUUCGGGCAGCUGGGCACCAUGCCGUCCACGUACAACACCCUCUUCCUCAGCGGCCAGGGCCUGGCCGGGAUCUUUGCUGCCCUUGCCAUGCUCACGUCCAUGGCCAGUGGUGUGGAUGCCCAGACCUCCGCCCUGGGGUACUUCCUCACGCCCUGCGUGGGCAUCGUCCUGUCCAUCGUGUGCUACCUGAGCCUGCCGCACCUGGAGUUUGCCCGCUACUACCUGGCCAAGAAACCAUCGCAGGCCCCGACCCAAGAGCUGGAGACCAAAGCCGAGCUCCUCCAGUGUGAUGAGAAGAACGGGGUUCCCAGCAGCCCCCAGAAGGCGGCCCUGACCUCGGAUGUUGACCCUGAGAAGGAGCCGGAGCUGGAGCCUGCGGAGCCCAGGGAUCCGGGAAAACCCUCGGUCUUCGUGGUCUUCCGGAAGAUCUGGCUGACGGCGCUGUGCCUUGUGUUGGUCUUCACAGUCACCCUGUCGGUCUUCCCCGCCAUCACUGCCAUGGUGACCAGCUCCACCAGCCCCGGGAAGUGGACCUUCUCCCUCCCAGGUGAGUUCUUCAACCCCAUCUGCUGCUUCCUCCUCUUCAACGUCAUGGACUGGCUGGGGCGGAGCCUGACCUCCUACUUCCUAUGGCCCGUGGAGAACAGCCGGCUGCUGCCCCUGCUGGUCUGCCUGCGCUUCCUCUUCGUGCCUCUCUUCAUGCUGUGCCAUGUGCCCCAGCGUGCCCGGCUGCCCAUCCUCUUCCCCCAGGACGCCUACUUCAUCAUUUUCAUGCUCCUCUUCGCCGUCUCCAACGGCUACCUGGUGUCCCUCACCAUGUGCCUGGCACCCAGGCAGGUGCUGGCGCAUGAGAGGGAGGUGGCCGGCGCCCUCAUGACCUUCUUCCUGGCCCUCGGACUCUCCUGCGGGGCCUCCCUCUCCUUCCUCUUCAAGGCCCUGCUCUGAAGCCCCCUGUGGAGCUGAGACCACCCAGCCCCUGGGGAAUGACAAGCCGGGCUCAGGCUGUGCCGGGAGGGCCGGGAGCUGCUCACCGGGGGUGCUCCGAGGUCAAGUUCACCGAGGGUCACUCGCACCCAGGAACGGAUCGGGCCUUGUAGAAGACCCACUCAACGGAGCAGGGACAAGAGAGUGCAACCGACCGUGGCGCUGCCCACCGUGAGACUGCAUGUCAGUGCCAAGGGGGCCUUGCCCACAUGGGCCCUGCCCUGGGCUCAGAGUCGGAGGUGGGGCCGGGCAGGUGCUCCUCCCUCCAGGCCUCAGCCGGCCCCAAGAUCAAGUCUCUCCAAGCUGGGGGCAAAGGAUGCUGGGAGAGUGGAGGGGGAGCAGGUGCUGAGGCUCCGAGGGUGCUCUGUGGACUGGGGCCUGCGCCUCCAGCUGCCCGUUGCCAACGCUCACUCUCCCUGGGUCUGGCUCUGGGCACCGUGUCAGCCUGCACGUGGGCACCUCACUUUACAGCUGGCCAGUGUCUGCACACCCCACUCUCCGUGCAGCCUCCCCGAGGCCGGGGAGGGAGCAGAGCAAGACCGUCGUGCAGGCGGGAAAUCAGGUCCAGAGGGGAGGACUGCACCCCAGCCCCCACCUCCUGCAGGUGCUGUUCUGCCUGCCCCCUGCCCGCUCCUCUUCCUCGGGGGCUCAGGGCUGGGGCCCCACGCACUGCCCCACCUUUCUGCUCCUGGAUCUGUUAACAGCCACGUUUGUUUGUA